CAAAACGCCUGUUACAGCGCCAAAAGUCGCGACAUCUUAAUUAAAAACAUUAAUAAAAUUGUUAAAAUGUCCAGCAGCAAACUAAGUCCCCGGGAAUCUGGAGCCUAUAUCGUAGAAAAUGCCAAGCAUGUUCGUAUUCUGCCUGCAGGCAUUGAGAAACUGACCCAGGAAAUCGUAAAAGGCCUAAUAGAAAAACGCAUUGCUGUGGAAAACUUCUCGCAGCACGAAUUACAUCCCAAUCCAAAUCAGCCGGAGGAUUAUUCCAAAGCAGCCGACUGGGUCUUUGUGUUGGACACCCUGAACUUUUGCUUUUGGACCCCCAAUAACUACACCAAAUAUAAGGUCGAUGGCUAUACCGGCUACUUUGCGCUGUGUGCUGCGAUUAAGAGAGCCAUCAAGGAAGGCGUGGAUGUGAUCAAUCCCAAGUUCUAUUCCCAGAUUGAUCUGAAAACCGUGGAGAACAUUUUCCGCUCUGACGAUGGCGAGACAGUGAUUCCGCUGCUCCAAAAGCGUCUGGAAUCGCUCCAUGAAGUGGGAAAAGUUCUGAUCGACAAGUACGACGGCAGUUUUGAGAAUGUUAUCAAGAAGGCGGAGAAAUCGGCAGUUCGCUUGCUGGAUCUCGUUGUGGAGGAGUUUCCCUGUUUUCGCGAUGAGGCUGAGUUUGCUGGAAAGCGAGUUUCCAUCCUAAAACGAGCGCAAAUCCUAGUGGGCGAUGUGUGGUCCUGCUACAGAGGUCAGGGACUUGGGUUCUUUAAUGACAUCGAUCAGAUAACCAUGUUCGCUGACUACCGAAUUCCCCAGGUGCUAGUGCACUUCGGCAGUUUGGAGUACACCAGUGAGCUAAUGGAGUUCCUAAAGACGGAUACUAUUCUGGAGAACGGCGAUCCCCGAGAGGUGGAGAUACGCGGCGCAUCUAUAUACAUCAUCGAACAAGUUAGGGAUGCUGUGGUGAAGAUACUCAAGGAGCAGCACCCCGAAAUCUCACUGGACAACGUCAACUCCAUUGUGAUCGACCAAUAUCUGUGGGACUACCGGCGUCGGCACAAUGCCGACCUGGAGCACAUUCCCUUCCACAAGGUGCUGAGCAUCUACUACUAACGACGGCAACACAAAUAAAGACGGUUCUUUGUU